CCAGCCGCAGCCGCUCGUGCCGCCGCCGCCGCCUCGCGCCCAGCCAUGCCGAACAUCGUGCUCUUCAGCGGCAGCUCGCACCAGGACCUGUCCCAGCGCGUGGCCGACCGGCUGGGCCUGGAGCUGGGCAAGGUGGUCACCAAGAAGUUCAGCAACCAGGAGACCAGUGUGGAGAUUGGCGAAAGCGUGAGAGGGGAAGAUGUCUAUAUCAUCCAGAGUGGCUGCGGAGAAAUCAACGACAACCUGAUGGAGCUCCUCAUCAUGAUCAACGCCUGCAAGAUCGCCUCCUCGUCCAGGGUGACCGCAGUCAUCCCGUGCUUCCCAUACGCCCGACAAGAUAAAAAGGACAAGAGUCGUGCUCCGAUUUCUGCAAAACUUGUGGCCAACAUGCUCUCAGUGGCUGGGGCGGAUCACAUCAUCACCAUGGACCUGCAUGCCUCCCAGAUCCAGGGGUUCUUUGACAUUCCCGUGGAUAAUUUGUACGCGGAGCCUGCAGUUCUGCAGUGGAUCCGAGAGCACAUCGCCGAGUGGAAGAACUGUAUCAUUGUUUCACCUGACGCAGGUGGAGCCAAGAGGGUCACAUCAAUUGCAGACAGGUUGAAUGUGGAAUUUGCCUUGAUUCACAAAGAGAGGAAGAAAGCGAAUGAAGUGGACCGGAUGGUUCUGGUGGGCGAUGUGAAGGACCGCGUGGCUAUCCUUGUGGAUGACAUGGCUGACACAUGUGGCACGAUCUGCCACGCUGCGGACAAGUUACUCUCAGCUGGAGCCACCAAAGUUUAUGCUAUCCUUACCCAUGGAAUCUUCUCUGGGCCAGCUAUUUCCAGAAUAAAUAAUGCCGCCUUUGAGGCUGUUGUUGUCACUAACACAAUUCCGCAAGAGGACAAAAUGAAACACUGCUCCAAGAUUCAGGUGAUUGACAUUUCGAUGAUCUUGGCCGAGGCGAUCCGAAGGACACACAACGGUGAAUCUGUGUCUUACCUGUUCAGCCACGUCCCGCUGUAAAUGCAGGAUGUGAAGUGUAGAGCAAGCCUGCUCUGGCUUCUAUUUGUCUGAUUUUUUUAGCUUUAGGACUCAGCAAUUAUAGGGUAAUGCAAAAGCAUCAGAGCUUUGUGUACUCCAAGAUCUGUUGUCCCCCUUCUAAAGCUCAAGACCAUUUAUUUCCAGUUUUGGGGGGAGAGCGGUGGUUAUUUGAUCUUUAAGUGAACUGUCUUAAAUGAGAAAUGUUUUUGUCAUCUUGACUUGUUCUGAUAGGUGACCUUUUUCUUUGUUUUGUCAGUACUUUGAGGCCACAACUUUCAAGUAUGUAAUUCCAUUGUGGAAGUUCAUAGUUUAUAUAUUUCUGGUUGCCAAAGGUGACUUUAGAUUAAAGCCUUCUGUGUAAAUAUAUAAUGAUAAUGCCUAUGGACAUUUGGGUAAAACCCUGUAUAGAAUGAGCCUUUUACUUCUGAGUGAACCUUAGAAAAUUUAUAAUACCCUGAAUUUUGAAUAUUUUUUUUUCUAGUAACCAGGUUUCAAAUAAACCAUUUUGGUUAUUGUGCUUAAUUUGGACCAAAUUUUAUGUAGGAUAAGAUGCCACUGACACGUUUAUUUUUUGGUAAACAUUAGACAUCUCAGAGGCCAUGUAGCUCAGUAUUUUUUUUUUUUGCCACUUUUGAAAAACAAGUUACAACUAUCACUUACCUGAAAUGUCGUGUCCUAAAAUUCCAAAAUUAUGUUCAGCCACAGAUAUGAUUUAGAAACUGUUUUGAGAUAGAGUCUCCAAGCUCACUGUCACAUUCAUGUUCUCCUCUGCCCAUCCCGAAUGGACUGUUCUUUGAGCCUCACCUCGUGUCCUGCCAUCUUGUUCUUUUAUGCCCUGGUUUUAGCUCUAGCAUUUACUUGGCCUUUUUCCCAAUAAUUUCAUGUUGUGGAUUUCCACCAAAACAAAGAUCCCCCUCUAAGUCCCCUCAGAUUUACUGGUCUAGUCAUUGUUUUGCUUUUGACGUAAUAAAAAGGUAAAUUUUUUAAGUGCCGCCAAGUGUGAAUUUAAAUAUUUUAUCUUUAGUUUUGAUUUAAUGUUCUUUUGCCUUUUGUAAUUAGAAGUAGUAAGUCUCCUGGGCGACUGAUUAUUUUAACUAAAGCUGUUAACGUGAAAAGUCUGAGUAAGAAAGGCCUACGAAAAAAGUACAAAUAAGCACACAUUAGUUGCUCCCUUGGGAUAGUGUUCAAAUGGUGACCCAGGAGUGAUCGUGGAGGGGACGAUUGCUUUAUCCAUAAGAUGACCUUGACGAUAUCUUCCUAAGUGAGGGGCCUCCCUGCCUCUGUGGCAGAAGGCAAGCAUUGACUCUCUGUGGAUCUUAUUAUAUGCACGUUGGUGGAUAACCAACUGAAAUCUUCAGUCCCAAAAGAAAAGAAUUUGCCUACAGAGACAAAGCCUAGGAAUGAUAAACAAUCUCCCUUCUACUGACUAUUAAAACUUGAAUAAAAUACAUUCUCUGAUCCAAAUUCUGCAGGUGGGAAAAUCCAAUCUAUUUAUUCAUUAACAGACUUGAACAGAAAUCUUUAAAGUUUCAAACUUCAUUACAGCAGAGGUUGAAUCGAAGUUAAAAAGUAUCAUUUUAGUCAUUGCAGAAACUAGCAUUUUGUUGUGCCUUAAAAUGGCUUUUGAGAAAAAAUGAUAUUGUAGCCUAGUAGAGUCAGCUAUGCAACGCAGAUUGACUCUAUCUAGAAAGAGGUGACUUGAUAUAUGUAAAGAGCCUGUUUAGAUGCUAUGUAAUUUUUAGUUUUGAUAAAUGAGUGAUAUCUGUAUUUCUUGGAGUUUCUGUGCAUAGAGACAUGAAAAUGUAGUUAUAAACAUGCAUAGGUAGACCGCUCAGCAUACAGGUAUAGACAUGUUGACAUGACUAAAACCAGUUGAUUUCAAGGUAAUUAUUUCAUCUAACAUUUAGAGUCUAAGAUAUAGAAGUAGUUUUAAAAUAAUGGUCUUCAGAUAAAAAUCUAUAUUGUCCUUCUCUGAAUUAAGAACUGAUUGUUUCUAUCAUUAUUUAGCCCCACUUUUGUAUUUUAAAGUACUUCUAAUACGUUUAUCAACUAAUUAAACUAGACUUAGCCAUACACAGUGGCACUGUAGACCUUAACUCUUUGAUGGUUUCAGUUCGACAAAGAUGCUGAAGAUGGGCUUGAAAGCAACUUAAUCCCAGAACCUGUGCAUCCUUUGCUGCUUGUCUGGAAAUAUUUAAGUGAAACCGCCAAAUACAUCGGUCUCGUCUGACUCUGCUGAAUGGGGGUACUUGGUGUGUAUCCAGACGAAAGUGGGAGCCAGAGAAAUACGAAUAUACCAAAGUUGCUCAGCCUCCAACUUAAAUUAUAUUAACUAACUUAUAGAUAUUCAUAUUGUAACUUUCCUUUGUUAGACAUGAUGUCAACCAGAUUCAAGAAUGUAUCAUUUGCAGUGCUUGUAUUGGUUUAGAAUAUAGGAUUUUAAGAUCUUCUGACACUGUACUAAAACAUUUCAAUAAAAUCAUGCUACUUCUUUCUUUCAUA